UUCGUCAAGUUGCAACUUGUAUUGAUCAUGGCAAAAACAUUGUUGAUUAUACACAUACACUUGCUAUAAUAGAGUGGUAUGUGUCACUAACUCACCAUCCACCUUCGGGUUGCUAGCUAGCACGCCUGAGAUGGUCAUUGACUGGAAUGCAUGACAAUGCAUGUUGGUAGCAAGACGUCAUCAUAUGACCGACCUUGACCGACUCGGUGCUCCCCGCCCACCUGCCGUCGUCGCUGUGAAGUCGGGUUUCACAGGGUAUUCGAAGCAUACUGACCUGGCCUACAAGAAUAAAGCGUACCUACCGUGCAGCCAAGCUCUGCUCACACCAAUGCGAUCUACAUCCAGUCGGGACGCUCACGUGACGAAAAUGACCAUCCUCUGCCGCUGGUUGUAGCCGAGUGCUGCAGCGCACCUACCUCGACGAAUGUCGACAGAGACACCCGCCAGCACCGAUGGAACGCCGGCCCAGCGUACGAUACGCCUUAAUGUCCCGCCCCAUGUCUACAUUCUUCCGGGGGGUGCCUUCAUUCUUGGGGGCAUGAUCGGGCUGCGGCGAGGCGCGCGGACGGCGUCCAUGCAAUUCCUGGCUGAAAAUGCACACCGGCCGCCGACGACGGUGCAGGGGUGGUACUUUUACAACAAGACGAAGAACUACCGGGUGCUGAUGGCGGGCCUCAAGGAGGCGGGGAGGGAUGCAGCGCGGCUGACGGCGACGGUGGGAGUGUUUGUGGCGGUGAGCGAGGCGUGCGACUACCUGGGCGGGCUCUGGGGCGAGGUGCGAGAGGUGGCGUCGUCUGUGGCGGUUGCGGGUGCAUUCGCCGGUGUUUACCGACAGCCGUGGCGAGAGGCGCGGCGGACGCUGGCAGUGGGCCUGCUGACGGGGGCGGUGCUGCGGGGGCUGCGGGGGACGCGGGAGCGGCUGGGAUUGGCGCGGGAGGGGCGGGAGGCGGGCGAGGAGUAG